AAAAAUGUAAAACAAACAGAUAUGCAAUUGUAAAUAUACGUAAAGCAAGGUUUAGACUCGCAAAUAUUAACACAAGAUUAUUUUCAGUUAAAAAAUGUUUAACACCUUUAUUCUUAAAUUGCUGUGAAGGUGUACAAUGACAAAACAACUAGGACCAAGAGAAAAAUUUUUUGCACUGAAUGGGCUUGUUUGCCUUGUGCAAUCCUUAGAAGGAAAAUACACUACAGUAGAUCUUCGAAAUGAAUCAUCUGUUUAUGGCAGAAUUGAAGAUGUUGAUGUGUUUAUGAACAUUAGUAUGUCUGCUGCAGUUUUUAUAAAUGGUAAAGGAGAAAAAUACAAGUUUGAUAACUUUUUUAUACAAGCAAGGAACGUUCGAUAUGUGCACAUCCCCGACGAGGUGCCUAUAAUAGGUGCAAUUGAACGACAGCUGGGAAAAAUAAUAAAUCCUGGCCGAGGGAAAAGUUUUAAAGAAAGAGAGAAAUCUUUUAAAGUGAGAAGAGCUGCCAAGAAACAACAAGAAACUCUGGCUAUGAUAGGAAAGAUGAAAGAAGAGAGAUUAAAAAAAGAACGUGAGGAAAAGGAAAAGAAUUAGUUUGUAAAAAGUAUUUAUAUUUUUUAUUAAAUUUUUUUAAAGUUUUGUGUAAAUAAAUUUGUUUAAAAAC